UAGGGUGAAGUUCACAACACUCUCAUUUGGCUGGCUGCUUCUCGACCUGAUCAGCUAGACACUGCAGGCAACAUGAAAACUCUAUCACACCUGCUCCUUUUGUGAAACAUCCUGCAAAGUGGAAUACCAUGCUCAGCAUUUAAAGUUCUGAAGUGCAUUGAUGAAAAUAAAGAGAGCAAUGGGAAAUACUGUGAAAACAGCAAGAGACCCAGCAGAAAUAAACAUGCCACCCCAAACUGGUCAGGAGAGCGAUAUCCUUGCUGUCCUCUGUGAUUAUCCCUCCCCAGAUAUAAGCCAGCCAAUAUUUCAUACCGGAGAGAAACUACGUGUGAUAUCAGAUGAAGGAGGUUGGUGGAGAGUCCAUUCCCUCACUACCGGUCGAGAAAACUAUAUUCCAGGAAAAUGCGUAGCAAAAGUUUACCAUGGCUGGUUAUUUGAAGGGCUGGGAAGAGAAAAAGCAGAGGAACUUCUACAACUUCCCGACACCAAGGUUGGCUCCUUCAUGAUUAGAGAGAGCGAAACUAGGAAAGGAUUAUAUUCAUUGUCAGUCCGGCACAGGCAAGUGAAACAUUACAGGAUCUUCCGCUUGCCGAAUAAUUGGUAUUACAUCUCUCCACGGCAAACAUUUCAGUGCCUUGAGGACCUUGUGAAUCACUAUUCAGAGGUACCUGAUGGUCUGUGCUGUGUCCUUACAACACCCUGUCUUGCUCAGUGCACUAACAACAAUGCAGUGAGGAACCAAGAACCGCCUGUGGUGAUGAGGAACAAAAACUUCAACUGGAAAAACAUUCACAGGCUCCAGAUAAGUAACGAAGAACCAGAAAAUACACUGGCCAUGGACGAUUCCUGUCUCAGCUAUGGCCUCAGGGAAAGUAUCGCCUCUUACAUCUCCCUAGCAGGGGAGGACAACUCUUCUUUUCUGAGUACCAGAAAGAAAAAAAGCCAGUCUCUCAUAUACACUGGAAGCAGACGCAAGAGUACCCUCCAUUUGCCAACUACGUAUUAUGAAGAAUGAACUUGAGACAGAUGCAGUCCACAGAAAAAGAACUGAGAUGUAAGAGCAAACCAUGGUCACCAGGCAAUCCUAUCACAGCUGAAAGACACAAGCCUACCAGCGGACGAUCCAAGAGGAGAUUGAAGGAAAUGAAGCCAAAAUUAAUGCUGGUUUUGUGUCUGUAUGUAUUUUGAAUGUUAACCAGAUACUUUAAAAAAAACACCAACCAUCUCAGCUACUGUGUACAUAAAUAAUAACACUGCACCUUUAAUUUGGUCAUGCACAGGUUAUAAUUUAAGUUGAGAGAAGAACUCUAACUAAAAAAUCAUAAAGCGAAGCAAAUGACUACUCAAGAAAAGGUGAAAUCACCGCUGCGCCAAGGGCCAGAACAAGGUUUAGGCACCACUAAAGACUCACUUGAGCCUUCAUUCUAGGCCUUAUGUUGGCACCAUCCUCAAGAGUGAAUAUCACACAGUGUUAUUAGAAAAGGAUGGGUUUGCUGUUCAUUGUCUUUUCUGCGUCAUUAGAAGACUCUCAGCAAUGAGGCUAUUCUCUUCUGGAUGCAAAGUUAUUUCCAUCUCUGCUGCAGAGAAAUCAGGAACUCACUGGCUCCCCAAAGACAAUUAAAACGCAAUUGGUAUCUAGCUUCCAAGAACUGCUUUGGUGACACUGAAUCUAGACUGAAUUUCAUCUUCUUGGGAAAAAUAUAACAGACCUGCUCUUCACAAUGGUUUAACUCAGCUGCUGGCAAUGCCAAGUGAAAUCACAAGACAGAGCAAUGUUGGAGUUCUUCUCAGUGAGCUAAAUGGCUUCAAAGUGGAUACAUGGGUGUAACAGAGUAGAAUUCAGCUGCUCAGGCACAAUUUAGUAACAUACCCCAGGAAGCACAGGUUUUAAAGUGAAAUUUAAAAUAUGCUCAGAUUAAGUCCUACCGUCAUAGUGAGUUGCAGUAUGUCUGAAAUUUGUGUGAAACUGCUCAGAUUUCAGCUUAAUUUCUUACAGGCUACAUAUAUUUAUGUAUAAUAUUUAUAUUAAAUGCUUUUUAUUUCUAAACUAUAUAAUAGUUUAGCAGCAACAGGCACAAGAGUUUUUUUUCUGAACAUCUUUUCUGAAAAGAUACAUGAAAAAGCAAUAAGAGAGGGGUUCCCAAACUUUUUAACUGCAUGACCCCAUUUUAAUGAAGUAUUUCCUGCCAGGACCCCAGACAGCAUAGAGGACACCAUUUUGAAGACCUCACACCAUAUGUGAGGUCACACCACAGGGAGGGUACCAUUUUGCUCUACAAAAUUGUGUCCUCAGCACACUGUGACCUCAUAUGUAUGGUGCAUGUGAAGUCACUCUGUGCAGAGGAUGCCAUUUAGUUGAGCAAAAUGGCAUUCUCCAUGCAUUGUGACCUCACACACACUGUACAUGUGAGGUCAUGCUGUGCGACCCAAAAUGGAGUCCUCCUCGUGGUAGGGAUGGCUGUGACUCAUUCGGCUGAUGGCACAACCCCAUUUGCGGUCACAACCCACAGUUUGGGAACAGCUGCAAUCAGAUAUUACCUAAAGCCAUCUAGUGACAAACAGAUUGAACCAUCAUGGACUAGGG